CUUUAUCAUUUAGCUCUAUCCUUCCCUCACGUUUUCUUAUCAUUCAUCUCCGUAUCUCGCUGUAGUUUCUGCGUGUACCUCGAGUAAAUUGGUUUGCGUGUGUCCGCUCUUGUUCAUUUGACAUACGACAAUCCGCAUUUGACCACCACCACCACCACCACCACAGACAACUAAACUAGCCAGCCAGCCAGCAAGCAGAUACUUCUGUCUCACUACAAUCAUGGAAGGAGAUGCCGGAGCCCCGACUGUUGAUGAUAUGAUGAAAGCUGCUUCCAAAGCCAUGGGUGUGCCUCUACGCCCGAAAUUCCAGGGUACCAUCAUAGCAGACCCAAACUUCAAUGCUGAUGACUGUGCUGACAGGCUACAAAAGACUAUGAAAGGACUUGGGACGAAGGACAGGAAACUGAUUGAGAUUCUGACCAAGCACACAAAUGAACAGAGGCAGGAGAUUGAGAAGAGUUACAAUGCAAGGCUUGGGGUGCUUCGUGAUGACAUUGAUUCCGACCUUAGCGGUCACUACAAGGACAUGUGUCUCUCCCUUUUGGACCCCUUUAUAACGUAUGACUGCAAGGAACUCAACCGAGCUGUCAAUAGACUGGGAACAGAUGAAAGUACCCUUGUGGAGAUCCUGUUUACCCGAAGCAAUGAUGACAUUGGAAAAAUCAAGGAAGAAUAUGAAAAAUGUAAGUUGUUGUUGUUGUUAUAUUUGUUGCUUUUAUUUCUAUUAUUGUUAUUUAAACCCUUUUCAAGGUUAUUCUUGGAAGAUGACCAUAAAGAACCUGGUUUUUUGCAUGGGUCUGUCAUUUGGUAUUAAGGGCUGCCCUCAGAAAUCUUCUAUAUGUACCAA